AUGAUAAAUAAUGAAGAAAACAAUUUAUUAACUCUAAUUAAGGUUAUGAGUUGCAUAAGGACUGGCUCAAAGGAGGAAAAUUUAAUUCAAAAAUUAAAGCAGCAUUCCCUAAAGACGAGCCUAUUUUUAGUGCCGAAUUAUUAAGCAAGAAAAAAAAAAUAGUGACGAUAACGGAAGAUAGACUAUGAAGCACACUCCCUAUAGCAGGCAGAAAAUUCCCGAUGAAGUUGAAAAUAAUGCCACUUUUUGAAGCAGGCUUCCAGGUUUAGGAUGCCUGCAGAAGAGGAAGUUUUGCUUUUCCCUGAAUGUUUUUCCCUGCUUACCAAUGGGCGAGGCAGGUUGCCUACCGCUUAGCAUUUGCUUAUCGGGACUAAAGGGUAUUCGCAAUAGGUGGCUCUAAGCAAUUGAGCUAAUUCUAUGCCGGAUAGGUAGCCUAGUAGUCUAUCCGCUUAUCGCCUUAUAAUAUUUAACUUACCUAAUUAUUGAACAUAUAUUUUUGAACUUUUCAAAGUAUCAGAAAUUGAGCCACUCAUAUCUCUCGCAGCUAUGCAUGAAAAUAAAAAUUUAAUAAAACGGCUAAUCCAAGCUGGGUUCAAUAUUAAUGCUAGAGAUAGUGCUGGAAACAUUGCACUUUACUAUGCUGCUAAGCAUGGAAAAAUUGAUAUUGUGGAGUAUUUAUUAAAAAAAGGUGCAGACAUAAAUUAUGACUUAUCAACUCGUGAGCUUUAUGGUUCUCAACUAAAAUUAACUAUUGAUGGAGGAAAAGUGGAGUCUAUUUAUCAUCUAAUUAGCUCAAUCACUGAUUUAUAA